GUCAGCUGUCAUGCCCUGCCGCCAGCCAAGCCGCCAAGCCAUAUUAACACGCCCCCUUCCGCCACCGUCAUCGCCGCCGCCGCCAGCCAAAGCCAACGAAGGGGGGAUAGUGUUAAUAAAACAGCCAUGCCAGCCAUUUCUACUACUUUUCUGCAUUCUUGCACAAAUAAAAGAACUUGUCGUUACGCUGCUGGUUUUUAUUGUCACAUCAUUUGCAACAAUCAGAAGUGGCAUAAAGAAAUGAAACAACAUCAUAUACACGCUCAGAUCUCUCGGUAUUCUGACGAGUUUGAAGAAGAUGAAGCUCCUAUUCCACUGGCGAGGAAGGUGUUGAAAAAUUUGCUUCAGAAGGAGGUCCACAAGGCGAUGCUUGAGCUACAGGAUGAAGAACCUGGAACAAUCAAACCAAAGGAAUAUCGACGUCGUCGGACGAAGAGCGCCCGCCGCCCUGUCCUUCCAUCAUUCUGGUUCACGUGGACGGAAACUAGAAGAGCAACAACGUGGAGAAAUCCACUGUGCGGCACUACGAGCUUCACGGCGCUUCACGAGAUUCACGGCUACGAGCUUCCUUCUCCCUGCCUGCGACGCUGCUGCGCGGCGAAGACAGCUACAUCAAAGUCCUCAACAUGGGCUCGGAGACCAUCAUGUGGCCGCCGGGCGAGGUCCUGCCGAGGGCCAACAGCUGCGAGGAGCCACAGCCAAACAGCCAGGAUGGCCGAAUGUAACGGACGUGACGUCAGCUGUCAUGCCCUGCCGCCAGCCAAGCCGCCAAGCCAUAUUAACACGCCCCCUUCCGCCACCGUCAUCGCCGCCGCCGCCAGCCAAAGCCAACGAAGGGGGGAUAGUGUUAAUAAAACAGCCAUGCCAGCCAUUUCUACUACUUUUCUGCAUUCUUGCACAAAUAAAAGAACUUAUCGUUACCACGACAAAAACGUGCCAUAA